AUGGACAAAGCAGCGAAUGCUACGAAUGGACCAGUUCCGCAGCAUAACUCUUUUAGAUUUACAGAAGAUAACGUUUCGAUGACAAGCGACUUUGAUUCAGGGAAUUUAGCAAAAGCUGAGCGAGCAGGACCUGGAAUAUACCAUUUGUGGACUGGCCCAGACUGCAUGGGAACCUUAGCAGAAAAUGGAUGCAGAAGUUGGCUGUUUUUCAAAGUGACUGCCCCUAUCGGUCUCACAGCAACUUUUACUGUAAAAAAUUUAAACUUGCAAGGAAAAUUGUUUAAAGAGGGGAUGAAGCCUGUUAUAAAAGUUCCUGGAGGAGAAUGAGAAAGGGUCUGCUCUCCUGUUACUUUCAAUGUUGUAGGAGAAGACUUUGAAUUCACAUUUAUGCAUUUUUUCAAAACUACAGAAGCAGAAAUAGCAUUUAGUUACCCGUGGAGUUAUAAUGAUCAUUUGCAGCUUCUGGAAAAACUUAGGCUGUCGGCCCUUUGUCAAGUUAGUUAGCUAAAACGAUUAUGCUGGCCAUAAGUGAAUCUAGCCACUAGCCGUCAAAAGGUCGCCCUUUUGGAUUUCCGACCUAAGUCGCCUGUCCAAGGAUCAGCUCCCUUAGGCAGAGCCAUCGUCUGUGAGAUGUGCCGAUGAUCCCGAUGAAAGAAGACUAUGUGAGAGGCAAAACCUGUCUAGCCCAUCAGGUAGGAUAGGAAAACUUUCAGGGAGGAGAAACAAAACUUUCCUUUUCGGCAAGGCAUCUCCAAGCCUGAAGGCCUAAUUUAAAAAGGGACAGAGGAUCUGUUUUCAGUAUCAUCAGGACAGAUCCUAGCUUCUUUAUAGGGAGUGCGCCUCGGAGUUCAAUUUCUGUCAAUGCCACCAUAUUAUUUCCCUUUGUCAAGGAAUUUAUUUUUAUAAAGAAAAUAUAAUUAAUUCGUUGGAAGGGAGAAGAUGCGAUUUAUUGACAAUCACAAGCUUUAGUGGGAUGACUGAAGAGAGAGAAGAGAGAAUUCCUUUGUUGUUUCCAGAACAAUCGGUGGAAAGAGCACAAAAAUUUGUAGGGAAGCCAAUUGUUAUAAUUACUGCAAGAGUUCAUCCAGGAGAAACACCAGGGUCUUUUGUGAUGAAUGGGUUUUUAUAUUUUAUUAUGAGUGAUGACCCAAGAGCAAUUUCACUAUUUCCUUUCAAAUUAAUUAGUAAAUAAAUUAAUUAUAUUUUAUAGCCUCUAAUAUAUAUAAAUUUUUUUCUUUUCCAAUGAAAAACACAUAUAUGUUAUUAAUUAUGAAUUAUUCUAAAAAAGCCCUAUAGCAAUAAUUAGUAGCAAGAGGAUUAAGAGAUAAUUUUGUUUUUAAAAUUGUCCCUAUGCUAAACCCUGAUGGUGUAUAUAGAGGUUAUUACAGAACUGACACACGAGGAAUCAAUUUAAAUAGAUUUUACACAAAUCCUUCUCUUGCUGAACACCCUACAGUAUUUGCAGUAAGAGAACUAGUCAUGAGUUAUCAUAGAGAAAACAAAGAUCAAAUUUAUUUAUAUGCAGAUUUGCAUGGCCACGCCACUAAAAAAGGCUGCUUCAUAUAUGGAAAUUAUCUAGAUUUUCCCAGACAAAUUGAGACUUGUUUAUUCGCAAAACUGAUGGCGCUGAAUUGCGUGAAUUUUGAUUUCGAAGGGUCCAAUUUUACUGAAUCCCCCCCAUGAGCGAACAAAACCAUUGGAAAAAUCGCUAUUUUUUGCUUAAAAAAACCCACCUCUAUGAGCGAACAAAAUUGUUUUUUAAUAUAAAGUUUUUAUAUAUAAGUGAUAAUUAUUAUAAUGAAAUCUCUAGCUAUUAAACAGCUUGCAUUUUAAAACAAAAUUAAAUUAAUUUUUAAAAACCAAAAAAUUACCCCCCUUUCUUUGGGUAGAAAAAUUUUUUGGUUCACUCACGGAGGGGGGAGUGAGAAAAAUAUGCAUGCCAAAGAUAAAAGAGGGUUAUCAAAAGAUGGCAGUGGAAGGGUGGCUUUGUUUAAGUCAGCAAAUUUAGUGAGAUGCUAUACAUUGGAAUGCAAUUAUAACUCUGGGAGGCUAAUAAAUCAAAUUUUACCUAGUGGGCUUGAUAAGAAUCCAGAGUCUUCAAAUGACAGCGAAAUGUAUAAAAAUGGUCCUCCAGCUUACACAAUGCCUAUUUUCGAAGAUGUAGGAAAAGCUAUAGGGAUUUCUUUGCUAGAUACUGCUUACCUUAAUAAUAACUCAAGAGUUCUGCCCUCUGACCCAGGACUAAAACAGUUAAGAGUAGACGUUGCAGCUUUUUUAUCUACACAAAUACCAUUCAGAUUUGACCCUAACAUUAAAAAAGCUUCAAAAAGCCAAGAAGACCUCGAAAAUUUCAUAAAAAAUGGUUGCAAGCCUCCUAAGCUUGACUCAAGACCAAAGCUAAAAAAGAUCCCAGAAGAAACAAAGCCACAAAAGAGAUAUUUCAGAAUCUCUGAAAGCUCUACAGCGUCUAGCGAAAGACCAAACAAAUCGAAAAAAAGCAGUGUUGUGGAAUCCCCAAAGAAAGAAGCUGCUGAUGUUAAGCCAAAGCAACUCUCAGUUGUCCCUGUAAAGAACUACACAUUUCCGAAGCCACCAAAAACAGAUAAUCAAAAAAUAUUGCAAUUGCCGAGAGGCAGAAGUAAAUUAAGAGCGAUAGGACAACACAAGACUUCUAAGAGUUUGAGUACUAAGCGUGGAGAUAGUGGAUACGAGAGGAAUAAAUCGUUUGAGAAAGAGCCGAUGCUACUUACUGUUAUGGAAGCUGCUGGAGAGUAA